GUUGUGGUCACGGAAAUGAAUCAACUAGAUGAUCAAGUGUACCUGACUAACGACUCUUGAGCGAUAGUGUCGCAAAUGAGAGAGCUGAGAGUGUUAUUUUAACGUUCCAGUGUAACCGCGGCAACGCCUGUUCCAAGAUGGCUGCAGCUUUUUAAUAGCUCCCAGGCUUAAGAAAUUCCUACAUUUUACAUUUUAGUACGACGCUUUUGACUAGCUCAUUGUUCCACUUCUGUUGUAUAGUAUUUUGACUAAAGGAUGUCAUCUUGGGCGGUUUCAAUGAGCAGACUAAUUGCUACUCUGAUGAGUUCAGGUUGCAUGUGCCGCCAGGGUCUGUUGUAUAAGAUGUACCCCAGAUGCCAGAGAGACUGGCGAGCGUUUCACGAAACGGCUGUUCUUAGAAACUACGAUAUGCGGAAAGUGGAGUUGCUACCACUUGAACAACGGAAACUUACCUUUGACACACACGCAGUUGUGCAAGAACUGGAGUCUAAGGGAUUCGAAAAAGGACAAGCAGAAAUUAUUGUAGCUGCAUUGGUGACCCUUACCACUGCUAAUAUGGACAUUGUAUACAGAGAUAUGGUGACAGGGGCACAUCAGGAAAUUGCUCUUCAACAGAUAAUGGCACAUCUGGACUCUAUUAGGAAAGACAUGGUCAUCCUUGAGAAAAGUGAAUUUGCCAAUCUGCGUUCAGAAAAUGCAAAAAUGAAAACAGAACUUGAACAACUAAAAAACAGACUUAUGGAGGAAAGUCAAAAAAUCCGAGCAGAUGCGAAGUUGGAUAUUAAUUUGGAGCGAAGCAGAGUAAAUGACAUGUUUACAGAGCAAGAAAAGAAACUAAUGGAAGUCAGCACAGAGUUCCAGAAGAAGAAUUCUGACAUUGAAUUCAGAACAGUGGAAACUACCAAAAAGAUCGAUGUAGAGGUGGCUUCUUUGAAAACCCUUCUGGAAUCACUCAAACUUGAAACAAUUCGAUAUCUUGCAGCGUGCAUCUUCUCGUGCUUGGCAAUUGCCCUGGGUUUCUAUCGUAUCUGGAAAUGAAAAAAAAAGUCACAGUAGAACAGGAAAACUACAUUUUGACAUCCUUAUUUAUAGAUACCUGCCAAAACUGAAGGAAACAACUGACCAAUUAGGUAUAAAAAUUCUUUUGAAGGCAGGUGGUUCUAUGCAGAUUUAGAAGCUGAUUUUAGUAUUUAAAACAUGUCGAAGAGUUCUGGAGGCUCAGCUAUGAUGCAGAGUGCAUUUUCCUGCUGUGGUUUAGGGAUCCAUAUACCAUGGCUGCUUCACUCUACUCAUUUCUGAGAGAAGACCUGAUUUUGAAGGACACUUGAGACAAUGUUUUCCACAACAGUUAACCCCUGUAAACCACAAUUAACCCCUCCUGUUGAAGAAUACUGUUACUCCUUUCCAGCAGAGUAGCAGACACAAUGUGUGCCAAGCACAGUGACGAUAUUUUGGCAGCCCAAGGUGGGCCAGCACCCUACCAAGAGCCUUAAUGUUGGAAGAUUUUUUGUUGUUGUUUUGGUAGUUGCAUGUAUACAUGCAUAAACAUGCACAUCCACAUGGCCUCUUUCUGUGUAUAUACAUUCUUUUAAAAAGUUUUGAAAAUCUGGGAAAUACUUGACAUUUUAGUGCAACUAUCUCACAUCACAGAUAUCAUGUGUAUGUAUGAAUGUUUUGGGUUUUAUUGCCACUGAGAGUUAAUUGGUUAUACAUCCAGUAUAAGAAAAAGCUUGUACAGGGUUCACAAAAUGGAGCAAAUAUCUCUCUGGGUGUUAACACAAAUUCUAUCUGGCCUUCGAAAAAUCCCUUUUUUGAAGCUUUGUUUUCAGCAUGAAGUGAGCAGUUGAUAUGACCUCUGUGCAAGGACACACGACUUAAUGUUGUCAGAGGACCCUUCAUGUAAUUUCUAGAAUAAAAAAAAAACAAGGAAAAACUUUUUUUUAAAGGAUUCAAAAGUGCAAUGCGGGUGAAAUAUUUUCUUUGUGACAAGUCUAUUGAUCUGGGAUAAGCUUUAAUGAGCUGUUUGUGGUGUUGAGUAUAUUUAGCCGGAUAUUUGUCAUUUCUAUACAGUUUCAGCCGUGUAGUACAGUAUGGGUAUUGACUGAGUGUCCAGAUCAACCCUCUCUCAGGCCCAGUCUUUCCCUCCAUGCUCUGUUGCAGUGCUGUUGCCCUCCCUAGGCCUAGAACACCUUUAAAAAGGCAUUGGGGAAUAGUAGUGCAAUAUGACAUGUUUUCUGAUGUGAGAGAGUGAAGAAAUUUGUCUCUUACUUUCUUGAUGUGUCCUUCCAGCUUUCACUGGCAGCAGCCAUUCCAUGCAGAGCAGACACUAUCCUGGUCCAUGAUGCCUUCAAAACUAAGGACGAGCUGUGAUCAAAUUAUACCAAAGCAUAUGCACAGCAUUUAGGCUCUGUGAAAAAUGCUGAUUUUAUUUGUUAUGGUUUAAAAGUUGAUAUUUCUGAUCAUUUAAAAUGGAACGACUGUCAGUAACAUUAGUUUGUGAAUAAAGGAAUCUGCCUUA